UUUGCUUUUCACCCCGUGUGCGUGUUGUUAUUCGUAAUAUUAUUAAACGAUGUAAUCGAUUAUCGGUGUAUUUCUGCUGUGCCGCAGUCAUUCAACGACAAUGUAUUUCGAAUGGUUUUCGUAACGAAUUCGGUACAGAGACUGACUCAAUACGAAACGUAUUUCCAAAGUUUAUUGGACGAGACCAGACCGGAACAUGGAAGAGGCGCCGAGUACCACGAUCUGUGCAUGGCAAGCAGCGCCGUCAAACAAACAGUAAAACGUACUCACGAGCAAAGCGAUUUGGAACGAAUUCAAGAUGUUUUCCCAAACGAUUUCCUCAGAUUAUACGACAAAGAAGCCCUCACAAUGAAGAUGAAAGGAUUGAUUCGGAAGAGAGGAGGAACCGGUACAGCUGCUCUAAGGAGAGCUCUGUCGUCGAAAUCGCUACGAUCGGAGUCGCCCCCUUCGACUCCCAACAAAAUCCAAAACGAUAGCCCGAGGAAGUUUAUAAUGGAAACUCCCGUCCAAUUCGUUAAUGGUGUGCAUUGUCAGGAACGUCAUUUAUUUUUAUUCAACGACCUGUUGCUGGUGGCCAAAGCGAAAUCCGGUAGUAACUUUAAACUUAAGGACAAGGUCAGGAUAUCGGAGAUUUGGCUCAACGAAUCGCCGGCGGUAAUCGACGAAGUUGCCGAAAUUCCCAAGUCUUCGGACACGUCUUUCGUCAUCGGAUGGCCGACCACAAACUAUGUGGCAGUGUUCAGUACCCAAGCUACCAGAAACUUGUGGUGGUCGAAAUUGGCAGAAGAAUCGCAAGAAGAAAUUCGUAAAGAUCCUCCGACAACCAACGUCCAAGUGUUUUACCAAGAUCUCAACACUGGCAUAGAAUACUGCAAGACGUUUGCCAUCGGACCGGACGAGAGCGCCAAAGACUGCGUAAAAAUUGCAUUGGAUCACUUGGAGAUGAGAGAUGCGGACCCUAGCCAGUAUCAGCUGUGGGCCAAGACGCCACGCGAAGAUCCGCCUUAUCCACUGUUUGGUCACGAAAAACCGUAUUCCGUCAAGUUGAGUUGCCUGCGGGACGGACUUAGCGCCGAGGAAGGGUUUGACUUGGACCACUGCAACAACGUGCACGACCCGUUGGCCAGGUGUCAUUUCAUUUUGAGGAGUGUAAAAUCUCAAGAAAAUGAAACGAACAAAAAGACGCCAAAAAAGUCUUCUAGUCGUAUGAAAAUUGGCCAGGUGUUUAAGAAAACUCCAACCAAAGAGAAUGGAGGCAAUUUGUUUGGUGUACCACUGAAUAGAAUUUGCGACGGAGAAAACCUUCCUAAGCCAGUGAUGGGCAUGUUACACCAAAUUUUCUCCAAAGGACCGUUCACCCAGGGUAUAUUUAGAAAGUCCGCAAACGCCCGUUUAGUCCGCGAACUCCGCGAGAAAAUGGACGUUUGUGAGGACGUUUGUUUGGAGAACGUUCCUGUGCUAGUUACCGCGGCCUUGUUCAAAGACAUGCUGCGCUCGUUGCCCGACCCUUUACUGUGCACCAGCCUGUUCCCGAAAUGGCGAUCAGCUCUGGACUGUUCUAACCUACCCACGAAACUUUUUAGAAUCAAAACGAUUAUCGAUCAGUUGCCCAGACCCAACUAUCAUCUACUGUGCCACUUCUUGUGCGUACUCUACCACAUAUCUCGGCGAUCCACGCACAACCUCAUGUCGGCGGCCAACCUGGGCGUGUGUGUUGGACCGUCCCUGCUGUGGUCCGACUCGCCGGCCAUGUGUCCGACCGAAGACUUGCGCACCGUACCCGCACUGGUCGAAAUACUCAUCACCCACUGCGAACUGCUGUGUGGACCACACGUGCCGAACCUCCUGGGCGACCCACGGGAUUCCGGCACCGAAGAAUCUGACUCCAUGAGACGGGACGACAGUUCUAUAGACAGCCUGGAAGUGAGCCCGCCCCCCAGGAAGGAUCAGAUAUCGUUGAGCCGGGACUCUGGACUGACGAUGUCCGACUCACAGCUGUACACGCCAGACGAGGAGGAGAGUGGAUCAACCAGCUCAAGUGGAUAUGACCCGGCGUUUGACCAGUCGCUCUCUGCCAAGACCGCCGUGUCCGCCACUGCCGUACCAUCGAUGCCGGGUGAAUACGUGCGCGUGUAUCCUGGUUGGGAGGAGAGGAAAAACGCCAACUUCCAGCGGCAGGCCUGGUUCCGACAGCGAUCCAAGCGUUUAACAGCCGCGGCCAGCAAGGAGGCGGUCCGCCGAAGUGCUUCCGAAGAGUCCGUAUUGGAUGGAAGCGUGCCGCCGCCCACACCGCCCCGUCGCAGCAAGCCCGUCCAAAUGUCCGGCAACAACAACAACAAUAACAGCAGCAACAUCAACAACAACAACCGGAUAUCUCUGGCCCCGCAACAGGACCAAUACCGGAAAAUGACUCCGGCUGACUACUACGAUGUAGUGAUCAAGUCGGAAGUAGUUGUCGAGUCGCUGCACCCGAACAACUACAACACUGAACUGACCAUCAAACCCGUACUACAGCCGGUGACGCCUUACCGCAAGGACGAGUCGCAGACGGCCGCUCCAGUCCGGAGGUCGGCCGAGGUGGUCGACCGUAGGCGAUAUCUUCAGCAACAGCAGCACCAUCAACAGCAACACCAGCAACAGCAACCGCACCACCAGCAACAGUUGACCGCGGCGACUACGGGCACCGCCACCACCACCUCAACCGCCACUACCACCACCACCACCACCACAAACGUCGCUGCCACUACUCCGGCGGAAAACUGUUGCGACGGAGAAAACGAAGAGGACUCGAGCACCCUGUCCGACGAAGACUGUACGCCGCACGUGUCCCGGAGCAACAGCCGCGGAAAUGAGGUGGCUGCGGACUCGCUUAAGCUCAGGCAACAUCAACCGCUCCAGCCACCGGUUGCGCACGCGGAUGGCACUGUCCGGCUCCGCGGCCGGUUGAAGCGCAAAGAGGAGAAGGCCGCCGUAGCCGCUGCCAGGUCCCGGUCCUUGCCACCGCCUCCGCCGUAUCGGCCCCCGCCACCAGCCAACCGCCGUGCUCCCAUCACCUCGUAUUACCUGGGCGAGUGCAGUCAGGCUCAGCAGCAGCGAUUCGUCGUCACCAGGACAUACGCUGACGAGGAGUCUUACGUCUGAUGUACUGAUGUACAUGUCUCGGCCCUCCCUUUUUGAAUUAAUAUUUGAUGAUAAUAUGUACAUCUUAGGAUGUCUCCUACGUCCCGCCAUCCCUCUUUAGAGUUGCAGUAUUUGUCAGUCCAUGCGUUUUGUAUAUAUUAUUAUUAUUAUUAUUAUUAUUAUUAUUAUUAAUUAUUAUUUUUUAUUUGUAUUAUUAUAAUAUAUACACUUGACAAUAUAAAGUAUAAAACUACUUAAGUUACCUGUCAACUUGAAAACAAAGAUGGGCGCUUGGAUGCUAUUGCUGUUUUUUUUUUUUUUUUACAAUAAAAUGUUCCUGAUUGAUAUACAUUAUUAUUAUUAUAUUUUAAGUCCAUAUACGAGCUUGAGUAUUUUUUUACAUUGUCUAGUACUGAAAGUACAUUAAUUUUAAUUUCUUUUUUUUAUUUACAUAUACAUUAUACGUAUGAUAAGUGAAAUAUUUUCAAAGUGCUCAUUGAAAUGAUCAAAUAAUCUUAUGUUAAGAAUUUCACAAGUACAAAUGUCGUAUCCACACACAAAAUACCAGUGUCGUUAAACUACGAUAACAUAUUAUGUUAAUACCUUCAAAAUGUCAAAAUUAAAAAUUCUAUACUUAUUACUAUGAUUAAGUAGAUUAUAAUAACAUUCUGAAGCACUGUGAUUUAAGUUAUGUACAGUACCGUAUUAUUAUAAAGUUAUAAUUUAUGUUUCGAUUUAAUAAUUUAUCUUACCGCAUAAGACUAAAAAAAAA